AGGAAAUAGCAGUUUUCCCGAUGAAAACUGGGACAAAAACGUAAUUCGAAACUCUUUUUCAACUGAAGACGAACGGACAUUAGAAAAUGACAUUGAUACAGAGCUUACUUUUUGGGUCUUUAAAGUAACGUGCAUGGGGCAAUGGCAUCGACUCAUCUCUCCACCUCCAUAGUCAUCACUUUUGACAAAAAAAUCUCCCAUUUUUUACAAUGACUGAUGAGAGUGGUAGUAGCUCAACGAUAUUCGUGGGCGAUUUCUCCGACGACCAUCUGACAAACAAGAACUGGCCGGAAAUUGAGUUCCGAUCACCGGAGGACGAAGCUUGGUAUGGAGUGAGUGUGUGGGAGAUGUGCGACUCUUUGGUGGUUAGCUUCAAUGGCUUCCCCGGCGAGUACGACGAGGUUUAUCCGCCGGACGAUUUCAAGAACUCCGACGAGAUCAAAGAGUUCGAGGAGAGGUUCCGUGCUACUUCCGUCCAGAUGCAAGACCACGAGUGCUCUACGGUCUCUGAAGGCACCAAAGUCUGCGCCACGUGUCCUUCCGUCACCGGAGAAGUCAAAUUCUACGACGCCAUCGUUGUUAAGGUGGAGAGGGAGAAGCAUGGUCGAGACGAGGAAGGGAACGAAUUGUGUGGAUGCAAUUUCAGACUUUACUGGAACCAAGGUCCUUUCGUUAACCAGGUUACAUCUGCAAAAGUUGGAGACAUUUGUCUUAAACAGGAGGAUAACCGAAUGAAUCCUAAAGUUGUCUCUUUCUUGAAAGAAGCUAGAAGGAAGCUUCAUGGAGGAGCUCACCAAGGGGAUGAAACAGAGUGGCAAAAGAUACUUAAGAAGGUCACUUCAGCUAUGCGAAACCACAACUUAAUCUCCUCUGAUACAGAGAAUCACGGUUAAAAAAAAAUAAAGUUAUGUUUUGUUGCUUCACAGUGUCUUCUGUGCAAAAUAGCUGAAAACUCUGGUUUCUU